UCCAUACCCCUUAUAAUCUUAUAUAAAUAUACACAUAACUUGCAUGAACCCACUCAUGCAAAUAAGUUAAUUUGAUUAUUACUGUAUCUCUUCAACUCUGAUCGUAAACCCUAUGGUGCUCCCAUUUCCCACCUUUCCCGUCAUCUGUGCUUUCCUUCUUUUUCUCUUCAUGGUAACCAAACUGGUAAUUAAAACGAAGGUGACCAAGAACUCUACCCCCAAGCUCCCACCAGGGCCUUGGAAACUACCCUUUAUUGGAAACAUUCACCAUCUUCUGGGCUCACCACCUCAUCAAUCACUUGCAGAUUUAGCCAAGAAAUAUGGACCCCUUAUGCAGCUGCAACUAGGUGAAGUUUCCUUCGUUGUUGUUUCCUCAGCAGAAGUUGCAAAAGAGGUCAUGAAGACACAUGACACCAACUUCGCUCAAAGGCCUCAUUUUCUUGGUCCCUCAAUCAUAACGUAUGAUUGUAUCGACAUUACAUUUUCCCCCUAUGGUACUUAUUGGAGUCAGCUUCGAAAAAUUUGCACCAUGGAACUUCUGAGCCCAAAGCGUGUCCAAUCUUUCCGGUCAAUCAGGGAGGAGGAGGUUUCAGAUCUCAUCAAAACAAUCUCACUCACCGGAAAUUCUCCUAUCAAUCUUACUGAGCAAAUUUUCCUACUGACAUUCAGCAUAAUAUCGCGAGCUGUAGUUGGUAAAAAGUUCAGAGAUAAGCAACAAUUUGUUUCAACCAUUGAACAAUUCUUAGGACUGUCAUCAGGUUUCACUAUUGCAGAUAUGCACCCUUCAAUCAAAGUGCUUGAACUGAUGAAUGGAUUACGGCCUAAACUUGAGAAGCUGCAUCAACAAGUUGAUAGGAUGAUUGAGAAUAUCAUUCAGGCCCACAGAACAGAGGCGAUCGCCUCACAACUGAGUAGUGGUGAAGGAGAAGAAGACCUUAUGUAUGUUCUUCUAAAGAUUCAGGAACAAGGAAGUCUUGACUUUCCUUUAUCCGACACCAUUCUUAAAGCAGUCAUCCUGGAUAUGCUCACUGCUGGGAGUCACACGUCAUCAUCAUCGGUAGAGUGGGCAUUCUCAGAAUUGUUGAAGAAUCCAAAUUUGAUGGAGGAGGCACAAGCUGAGGUGAGAAGAGUCUUCGAUCGAAAAGGAACUGUGGAUGAAACAGGGAUACAUGAGCUGAAAUUCUUAAAAUCAGUAAUCAAGGAAACCUUGAGGCUACACCCUCCUCUAUGUCUUAAUCCAAGAGAAAGUAUCACAAGCUGUGAGAUUAAUGGAUACAUAAUACCUGCCAAGACCAAAAUCCUCAUUAACAUAUGGGCAAUCGGCCGAGAUCCAAAAUAUUGGAUCCAAGCUGAGAGUUUCAAUCCAAAGAGAUUUCUUGAUAGUUCAAUUGAUUGCAGGGGAUUGGAUUUCGAGUAUAUCCCUUUUGGUUCAGGAAGGAGGAUAUGUCCUGGAAUAUCAUUUGCUCUUGCUAAUAUUGAGUUGGUUCUUGCUCAGUUGUUGUACCAUUUUGAUUGGGAACUUGCCAGUGGACUGAAGCCUGAACAACUUGACAUGACCGAGGCCAAUGGCUUGACAAUAAGCAAAAAAGAAAACUUGCACUUGAUCCCCAUCCCUUAUCAUCCUUCUUUUGUAGAAUAAAGCUUUUAAGAAAAAGAAAAUAAAUGCAUGUACCAGAGGUAAAAAUAAAGAAGUUCCUAUCUAGGUCGCUGCCAGUCUCAUCAUUCGCCGUAAUGAGGGUUUGUCCUUGCGAGGAGAUUGCUCAGCUAGGCGUCUUGGUUUGUUUUUUCGUUUUUGUCUUUUUGUAUUGGCCUUUUCUUACUAUCUUUUUUAGACUC